UAUUAAAAUUAUUCCAUGCUCUUUCUCAAUUUUUAAGUUCAAAAUCGCAAUAUUGUGGAUUAAAUUAGAUUGAUUUAAAUUUUUUCAAUUAUUGAAUUGAAGUACAUAAUGUAAUAAAGUUACAAAAUCUGGCCAAUCAUUCACUUAUUGUUUUCUAGUUCUUGUUGAUUAGAAAUAAAAAUUAAUCCUCUUUGUCACUGGAGAAGCAGCGUUCAUGUGAUCUGGAGAGUUGAGAGUAGCAAGUGAUUGGAAUAAGAAAAAUGAAUGUCUAGUCUAUGUACUAUUAGCAAAACAAUGACAUACAUGCCUCAAGCCACAAAUGCUGUCAGCAGUUUGUUGUUUUGCUGUGGGGAGAGAGUGGUGUGAACUGGUUUGUUGGAGAGGGAAGUGUAGAAUGCCAAUGACUCCCCACUACGUCCCCCUACUACAGUACUAACUCAGCUCAGACAGAAAUCGUCAUUUGCGUUAUACAAGCGCUUUCUACCGGUAUAAGUGAUACUACACGUACACAUAAGGCGAAACAAUAGUCGGUAAGAAUGUUCCCUCUGAUCUCUUCUCUGUGUUUAAUACACAACUUAACUGUUAAUAUAAAUAUCGAUUAUGGACCCAAAAUAUCAAUACUUGAUAUUAUCGAUAUUGAAAUACUCAUCGAUCUUCGUUGCUGUUUGCCUGUUUCCUGCUUUGUUCGUUUGUUCUUUGUGUGCCAUUGCGUAUGCAAUCGAUUACAUUUUUGAUUUUUCUCAAAUCCGGUUCUGCUGGAUUAUUCAACAAAAAGGUAAGAUAUUUAAAUUGUAGUCUUUUACAUUUAAUCUUUAUAAAAUACCUAUACUCUCUUGUGUCUUAAUUAAGUAUGGUAGAUUUUACUGAACUAUUGUUGCUGCUUAAAAACAACCUAUGGACUUUCUACUCACCUUUUAUAUCCUAUAAUUAAUUUUUCCUUGUGUUACACUAACUUACUCAUGUAUUUCAAAAUAUUCAUAAUAUUAUGCUGACUUCUGUUUCUCACUUUUUCAAUAAAAAAAUCCUUAUACCAUUACGAGAUAAAUUAUAACAUUCUAAUAAAUAAUAUAAUGUUUUCUGAUCUCUGUAAAUGCAACCUCAGAAUUGCCGCUUUCUGUGACUAGCUAUGUUUACACCAGAGUUAAUUACACAAUUUUCAAUAACUUUUAUAUAAUAAGUUAUGUAAUAUAUAGGUUUAUAUAAUAAUAAGUUAAUCACAAAAGUUAUUAACAUUAUUUUGUGUUAUUAACUUUGGUGUAAACAUGGCUUAAACUGACAUAGCCUAACCUAACUAAAACUUGAGACUUUUCCAUUAUUCUUUCCAGAGACAUUCCCGCAUAAGAGAUCAAAUGUUUACUCUUACGAUACUCACUUAUUUAAUAAACAUUUCAUGAAUGAGUUAUAAUAUUGAAAAGUAUAUUGGUAUUAAUGCUUCAAUAAGGCACUUGAAGCAUUGAGUUAAUGUCUGAUUGGUGUUAUGAGUCUUAAGUUAAGUAGAAUAGUUUUUUAUUGUUCUGGACAGAAUGUUUGCAGUUAUUGAAUUUGGAGGUUCAGAAGAGAAUAAAACAGCUGUCGUGAGACACGAAUGGCUAACACCAGCCAAAAAAGAAGUUUUUUGGCCGCCGUUUAAAAUGUCAACGCAGUUCAACAAGACACUAAUAGACGGUGUUGCACCUGAUGAUAGUAAAUAGACCCUGUUUCCUGUGAGGCGAUGCCUUUAUACUAGUGAUGAACUAUUGAAGGCACGAGAGAAGGAAAGAUUGGCCGAAAAAGAAUCUGACUUACAAACAGAAGGUGAUGAUGUAUUGGUAUUAGAUGGAAGAAGAAAGAAACGGAAAAUCACAAAAAAUAUAUUAUUUUCCAGCAGUGAUUCAUCUGGAGAUGAAUGCUCACAAAAUGUCAAGAAAACUCUUCUCUCGAAAGACUAAUAUUGCUAUCCUGCUCGUGCUCCAUCUCCGCCAAUGAGCCAGUCUCAGAGAGACUCUACCUCUCCACAAUUAUUUGCAACACCAUUGUCCUCAGUAAUAUCGAGUCUGCAAAUUCCUCUAUUGAGAGAACAUCUGUGACUCAGUCUGGAUUGAAUGUGGUUGCAAAUCGCAUUGCGAAAUUGGAAUCGGAAAUUGUCAAAUUGAAAGAAUAUUUGGAAAAUAUUCUCCCUCAAAUAGCUGGACUAAACAAGCAACAACCUUCUACCGAUACAUUGACAACAACCUAAAUUCCUCCUCUCCCCUGUAAUGAGAAGGAGGAAGUAGAGAAUCUCGAAGUGUGGCUGGAAUCUGAGCAAAACCAAAACCUCCUAGUUCAAUAUCUUGGUAGGGUAGGGGGCAAAACAGUAGAUUAUGUUGUCAGAAAAACACUAGCUCGAUUAUUCUCGAACAGACUGGCACAAUCUUAUAAUUGGACGGGAAAAAAUGGCAAGAAUGCUUUGCUUCAGUUGAAAAUUAAAGACAUAAUUUUCCGUGUUGUUCGCAAUAAUAAGCAGACCGAAUCAGGAAGUGAGUUCGACAUAAUUGAAAAAGCCAAAAGUUGGUUUCGAUUUGCCAAAGAUCGUGAUGGAGGACGGGAGGAGAGACGUAAAAGUAAAGCUAAUUGAGUUGAAACAAAGUCUGUGUAAGCAAAUGUAUCUCUAAAAUAUUAGUUUAUUCAGAAGUUUGGCUGAAAACUGUGAAAGCUAUGUUUACAUGUGUGGUAUAAAGCUAUGUUAUACAGAGGGGUGCAAAAGUAGGUAUACAGUAAUUAAAUAUGUUAAAAAAUAAGUAUAGGUUUAUUUCUACAAAAACUAAACUUUUACAAUCUAUUCUAAGAGCGUUAAGAAACAGAAAUCAACUCUUAAAAGUGUUGUACUUCACCAAUACACUUACUUCCUUUUGUGUUCAAAUUGUUUGCAUUCACAGUCAACACACUGUAUACCUACUUUUGCAUCCCUCUGUAUAUUAUUCCUUGACUUUAAAAAUUCUUCAGCAAUCUCUUCAAACUAAAAUUGCUUAAGUUUUAGUUCAUAUUACAUCAACAAUGACUUAUGAAUUGAGUAAGAGGCAACAACAAAGGUGAUGUAGGAAAAGGACUCAUGAAAUUGAAAAUGAGAUAGUUGAAUCAAUUAUUGAUAAAAUACCACCUAGUAUUAAAUCACCAAGACUUGUCAAUGAAUCCGCUCUUCAUAUUUAUCCAGAUAAAGAUGUAUUCCCCAAUUCAGAUCAAGACAUAUUUUCUGAUUCAAAUAGUCCAACAAUAGAUACUGAUACUGAUAGCUCAAAAACAGAAUCUAUUGCAACUGAGGUAACACCAUCCCCAAAAAUCAAAGAUCAGUUGAGCUCUUGGGCCUUGAAAUAUGCAAUCCCCAAUGUGGCCACAACAGAAUUGUUGCACCUAUUGAAAAAAUUUAUUCCAGCUCUUCCUCUAGAUUCCAGAACAUUGGUACACACUCCUAGGAAUAGUAAUGAUAUUCAAGAAUGUUGUGGGGGACGGUUCAAGUAUUUUGGGCUUCAAAGUAUUUUAAAAGAAAAACUAAAUAUGAAAAUCAAUUCAAUAUAUUAUCCAUGUAUGAAAGAGAUUGCUGAUGAAUUUUCAAGUCAAGGCAUAAUGUUAAUAACUAUUUCCGUAAAUGUUGAUGGAUAACUUCCAGCUCAACAACAGCUUUCUGGCUCAUAUUAGGAAUUGUAGAUCAAGUUGAUGAUAGGCAACCCUUCAUAAUUGGGAUUUACUGUGGGAAGCAUAAACCUUCUAGUGCUAAUGAAUUUCUACAACCAUUUGUAAAUGAAUGCCCUGAUCUUGAGAGAAAUGGUAUCAUGGUCAAUGAUGUGAAAUUUGCUUUUAGAGUUAGCUGUAUAAUAGCUGACGCUCCUGCUCGGCAAUUUGUAAAAUGUAUUGUGUCUCAUUGCUCCUCUCAUGGUUGUGAAAAGUGUAUUCAAGAGGGCACUAGUUUUAAUAGAAGAAUGAUUUGGGAAAUUGAAAAAUCUCAUCCAAGAACAAAUGAAAGUUUCAAUAGUUUAGAGUACAUAGAUGAGCAUCAACGUGGUCACACUGUAUUAUCUGAAAUAUCUAUUGGACUAGUUUCCAAUGUUCCCCUUGACUAUUUACACUUAUUAUGCUUGGGUGUCAUGAAAAAGCUGAUUAGAAUAUGGGUAGAAAAAGGUCCAAGAAAAUGUAAACUGAGAGCAUGUUCAAUUAAUACUAUUUCUGAGAGAUUAAUAACGAUUGCUGCGAAUCACAUGCCUCGUGAAUUUUCCCGGAAACCAAGAUCAUUGAAUGUUUUUGAGUUCUGGAAAGCCACAGAGUAUCGGACAUUUAUUCUCUAUUUUGGUCCAAUUGUUCUGGAUAAAAUACUUCCUAAAGAUUUAUAUGACCAUUUUGUUGCCUUUCAUGUCAGCAUUUACAUACUUGCCAGUGGUAAUAAGUCCUAUGAUGCCAAUUGGAGAAGAUAUGCUCAAGAACUAAUAAUUUUGAUUCAUUUAAAAUUCAUCCCAGAGAUUUAUGGUAAAGAGCUAUUGAUUUAUAACUUCCACAACUUAAGUCACCUCACAAAAGAAGUAGAAAAUUUUGGUUGCUUGGACAACUUUUCAGCUUUUCCAUUUGAAAAUUUUAUGAAGGUGAAUAAGAGAAUGAUCAGAUCACCUAAUCACACUCUUGAGCAGGUUGUAAAAAGGUUAGGAGAAAUAGAUGCGACAAAGUUUAAAAAAGAUGAAAAAAUUUUAGUUAGGAAAGAUAGAUUCAAUAAUGGAAUCAAAUCUAUACCUUUUCUCGUCAAAAAUAUCCUGCUCUAUUGGACUGGGCUACAAGGAUGGUUGUCUCCUUACCAAAGAUAAUGGAAUGGUUAUUGUAAGAAAUAUUAAAAAGUGCAAAGAAGGUGGGUUUGCAUUGAAAUGUGAUAAGUUUCAGUAUAGAGAAGACUUCUAUCAGGUACCCUUUGGUAGUAGAAAGUUGGGUAUUUAUUCUGUCCAUUCAUUACAAAAAAUAAAUAAGUUAUUAGACCCAGACCAAAUACACUGCAAAUGUAUGCUCCUACCAAAUUUUUUUAAUAAAGACACUUUUGUAUGUGUACCAUACUGUAAUAUGUAUUCAUUCUAUUGAAUUUGAAAAUAUGGACUGAGUUUUUACAAAAUCUGUUCUUUUUUCUAACAUAGAAAAAUUAUAAUUUUUUUUACAUUUCCAAGUUUGUUAUGACCCAAUUGAAAAAAGUCAUAACAAUAAUCAAUUGAUACUAUAAAGAACUACAACCAGGGCCUAAAUCUGGAUUAUGGCACCUAAUGGGAUGUCGGGGUCUUUGGAGCAUUGAUCCUUGUACGGUCUAUGUCUUCUUAAUUGUCCUUUUCAUGUGUAUCCAUUCCCAUGCAGUUCCAUUAUCCAUUCUCAUAGUCUUAAUUAUGUGGUCAAUCCAGAAAACAAAAAGAUUGUACCAGCUUUAGUGCUUUAAAGUGUUCCAUUUCGUGACAUAAUGAAUAUUUUUUCCUCGAGUAAAUCUCUUUUCAGUACUACUUAUAUUAAAUAAGUAUAAAGUUUUCUUAAAUUGGGCAAUACCACAAACCCAGAAAUAUGUUGGAAAACUUCGAAGUUUUAAUAAUUUAAAACCAAUCACCUUUUUGUGACACUAUAUCUAUUAUAUUAUACCUAUUAUAUUAAAAGUUAUUUAGCAGCUUCAUAGCUAUUGUAUCUAUUAUUAAAAGUUAUUCAGCUACUUCUAUUUAUUUUCUAUUCCUUUUAGUUAUUUGACUUCUAUAUUUAGAAGUCAAUUUGAUACUUCAGCUAUGUUAUAAUCAUGUGGUCAAUGAAAAUUUGUGCUUUUAUUUUCUUACUACCAUGGGUACAAAGAAUAAUGUACAAUUCAUUUCAAAAGAUAUUAUAUAGUAGUUUGCAUUCAAGUGAAAAAAAUCUUUUCAAUUCUUCAUGAUAAUUCAAUAUUAUGUUCCAACUUCUGAUUAAUAUAUUAUCAGAUUAAUAUAUUGUCACUUUCAUAAAGUUGAUUAUCACGUAUUUCUGCCAAUCUGUAUUGAAGAUUAAUUUUUUGUGUAACUACUUGGAGGUAUAAUGAGUAGAAGAAUUCAGGAGAAAUGUGUUCUAGGCUCUUACGAAGUAACCAAAUUUCAGCUGUUAGAUGUAGUAGUUUACUGAAAUUUCAGCUGUUAUAUGUAGAUACUAAGGGUGAUCACUCUCCUUUAAAUUCUGUUAAGUGGUGCAAUUUGUACCACAACCCUGUUGAAUAGUGAAAUCUAGAAUUUUCUCAUGCAACAGGAAAUUUCAAAAAAGACUAACUUAACAGAAUAAACAAGAAGAUGAAUACCCAUAUUCAAAUCAUUUUUACAUUGAUGUAAAAAUAGAUGUAGAUGUAGCCUACUUCACAUGUGAAUGAUUCCACUUUGUAUAUGAAAGGUUUUUGAUAAGAUACAUUAAUCUUUUUGGUUUUUAUUAGUCAUAGGAUCUAUUUUUAGACAUUGUUAUAAACAUUCUACCACAUUUUUCUAAACAAGAGAGACUUUUGUGUAAGUACCAUAUUUCAUAAUAUGUAAAAACUCUCUUACAUUCUCGUCUGCUCAGUUAAACUUAUUAUUAUGAUUCUGUUAUGUUAUGGCUUAAAUGUUAUAAUUUGAAAGCUUGCUAUCAUAAUAAUUAUAGUUAGCAUCAUUUGUUGCUUCAAUUUCUUUUCUUUUUUUUUUGUUUAUUAUUAAGAAGUAACAUUACUUUCUUUGCUAACCUUUUUUCAUAAUAUAGUGGAAAGUGUUCAGUUUGGAUCAAAUAUUGAAAUUGUAUACAUUUAUUGUGAUAGAACAAUAAUUAUCAAACUUUAUAUUAUACAAUAAAAUUUUCCUGAAAACAUAAUAUUAUGUUCUAUGAUAAAUUUGAAUUAAAACAUUUUCCAAUAAUAUAUUAUUUUCAUUUAAUUGAUGUAACCUGUUGCUUGACUCCACAUCAUCAUACAAAGUUAUAUUUGGAUUGUACAAUUAUGAAAUAUAUUGUAUUUCACAUUCAUGUUUACUUGAGAGGGCUCAUUCAACUGCAACAUUCUUGUGUCCAAUAAUGCUUGCUGUAAGAUACCGUAUAGUGUAGUAUAAAAUUUAUGUUAGCUCAUGAGUACACAAAUGUGGAAGAUUUUAUUGGUACUGAAGUAUUUAUAAUUGCUCAUAUUUAUCUUGAAAAGUUUAUGUUGAUGGGUUACAGAUCUUAUUGUACUGAACAAUAAUUUAAAUAUACAUUAAUGGUUCAGUAAAAUGAGAUCUUCAAUCCAUCGGUCAAUCUAUGGACUAUAUUAUCAUAGAAAUACAAUAUGAAUUAUCAUGAAAUAUUUUACAUUAAUAAUCCAAUAUUACCAACCCAGCCUCAUAUACCUCAUUAAUACCCAACCCAGCCUCAUAUAAUCUUACUAAGUCCCAAUGAUUACCCCAGGUUUACCCUGCUAUUCCCAAUAAGAGAUGGGGAGGGCGGUUUAUGUGUCUCCUAGUAGUUGGCUGUAACAAACAUUAUUGUACAAGAAAAUAUUGCAGGUCUAUGCCCUGGGGUAGGCAGGUCUAUGGGGGGCAUAGACCUGCAAUAUUUCCUUGUACAAUAAUGUUUGUUACAGCCAGCUACUAGGAGGCACAUAAUCCCCCCUCCCCCAACUCUUAUUGGUGGUAGGGUAAUAAUUGGGAAUUAGUUGGAUUAGAUGAGGCUGAGUUGGGUAAUCAUUGGGAAACAGUUGGAUUAGAUGAGGCUGGGUUGGGUAAUCAUUGGGAAAUAGUUGGAUUAUAUGAGGCUGGGUUGGGUAAAUCGUUGGGAAUCAGUUGGAUUAGAUGAUGCUGGGUUGGGUAAUCAUUGGGAAUUGGUUGGAUAAGAUGAGGCUAGGUUGGAAUCAAGUUGGACAGUUGUAGGGUUUUGAGUGGUUUUGUUGGAUAAGCCAAUAUCUUCCCAACUGUUCUAAGCGCGACAUGUCUAACGGUCGGCCUACCAUUUUGGCCAACCAUUUUCCUAUAUUGGCCCAACUGUUUGUGCUACCUGGGUGAUAAUAACUUGGGUGUUGGGAAAAAUAAUAUUGUGUAACUGAUGUGCAAACGUUUUGCCGACUCAAACCCGAUAGAUGGCCGAAAACAGCUAGGCCUACACCAAUUUGCUAGUUCGGCUAAUUCUUUUUUGGCAACAAUAACAGGUUUUGCACCCAAGUUGCGGAACUAUAGCUAUUCAAAGCAGUGGCAAUGCACUAAAGCCAUGUGUGUUGAUCUGUAUUGCAUUGAAAAAAAUCCAAGUAUUAUAUUAUUCUCUAUCAUUUUCUUCACUAUUGUAGGCCUACUUAUCAAUUAUUCUUUUCAUCUCAUCAUAUAUUACUAUACUUUCAUUCUUUUACUACUGUAUACAUUAUUGUAAAUGGGACAAAGGAUUCUUGACAAAACACAAAAUGGGUACCAGUAGAUCUGUGAUGGAUUUGAGUUUACAAUCACAAAAUAGCAAUUUUAUAUGAAAUUUCAAUAGUCAUGUGAUGGCCUAGAGAAAUAAUUUUUUUUGUAUUGUUUUGUACUGUACUGUUAUUUCUUACAAAUUUCUAUGAUAAAAUUAGGAACUCAAUUGAAUUUGACCUCAGAAAAAUUGUGGAUUUAUAUAAAUUUUCAAUCAACAAAUGUUGGUUCUCAUCUUUAACCAUGUUCUAAGACCAAAUGAUAAAAUUACUCAAUGUAAAAAAUCGUAAAUCUAAGUUGUCUACCUACAUGAGCUGUAUUCUACUUAAUAUGUUGUAAUUCUAUAUUUUAUGUUUUAAAGAUGUUCUGUGACAAAAUGAUAAACUCACUUGGGCUAAUUGAAAAAUUGUAAAUAUAUGUAGGCUAUAUAUUGUCUACUAAAUUGAUAAUUGUAUUUGUAAGUUAUUCUGAUGGAAAGAUCAUGUUUGUGACUUAUAUUAUCCAAAACAUAUAUUAUACUGUAACACGUGAAUACAUAAAUGGUGUAUAGGCUAGUAGAUGUUUUUAUUAAAAAACUUUCUAUUGGA